AUUUUGGAUCGAGGAUUGAGCAUUGCUUUUUUCAUCGUCUCUUUUCGUCCGAACUUGAACUUGCUUUAUACAAGCUAGUUGCGAUUCCAUACCUUCUUCAUUGCUAAGCAACGCUUUGGGUUUUCGCACAAUGAAAGACGGUGGAACCACUACCGAACUCAACACAACCGAUGGUGCUAAUCGCUUCAAGUACCAAUCGUUCAAUACUCGAGUCGAGCGCUUAAAAGUGGACAUUGUCCGCCGAUCUCGAUUGGUGGAAGAUGAAAUUGACGAACAAGGCUCCUUCUUUCACGAAGCCUUAUUAUCCUGGAAGGAACUUAACCUUACGAGACACUUUAAGAACUUUUACCAUGACAUCUUUCCUUACGCCAAAUCACUGCCUGCCAUUGUUUACCAUAAAGACAAGAUCACCGAAAUUCUCGAAACGCACUUGAAAGUACGAGAUAGCAUGGCCCUCGAUGCAUUGUUGGAUCUUGUAACCAAGCUUGCCAAGGAUUUGGAAGGUGAAUUUUAUCCUUACUAUCCUCGUAUCUUUUCAUGUGUCCUGCCGCUUGUUUAUCAUCGGGAUGUCAAACUUUUGGAGAGCGUGUUCAAUUGUAUUGCCUAUCUCUUCAAAUUCCUAUCUCGUCAGAUUCUGCCCGACAUUCGCCAGACUUUUCAAAUGCUGGCCAAAUUGCUUGGCGAAGAUCACUCCACCAAACCAUAUAUCCGACAUUUCACGGCCGAAGCUUUUGCCUUUUUGAUGCGCAAGCUCAGAGGCAAAGAUUUGGCUGACAUGGUUGAGCAUAUCCUUUCGUCGUUAUCUGCCGAACCUUCUCGCGAGUAUACCGAAGGUCUUGCAAUGCUGUUAUUUGAAUGCAUCAAGCAAGUGGAUCAUCGUCUUCACUCGAGAGGAGAAGCUGUGUAUAAAGAACUUUUGCAGCAAACUUGUCAGGGUGUAUCCAAUCCGGACUUGGAUCUUUCUGCUGUAGUGGAUUUAUUAAACAAGACGACGCUUCUCACACUUCAUCACACUUACCGUCAACAUUUCUCACCCAUCAUCAACAUUGUUCUCAACGCGAUGGAUGCCCAACUACAGGGUCCUUCUUUCGACGAAAAACAACUUACCAUUCUCAUGACCACCGUCACUCACAUCGUCACCGUACGCAAAGCCAGUCGUGUAGAGGAUCAUAAGCCCAUCAUCAAUCGGGUCCAACAAGUGGUGAAAUUAGUGUUCCAGAACCCUGCAGACAAUGUGACGGAGGAAUUGCAAAAGGAAACAUUAAGAGCAGCUACGGGUUUGUUGUGCUUUGGUAACUUGGAUAUCGUCGUUACCGGUGGCCGAUUGUUGCUGGAUUCUAUCACAUGCUGCAGCAAUGCAAAGCUUGUCUAUGGUUUCCUUUUGGGCUUGGCUGAACUCAACUGGCCCAAUUUCACUCAAGUCGCUCUUCCUUAUAUUGUCAGAUAUGCUGCUGAACAAUACGAGUCGCAAACCGAAGACACCAUUUUGUUUUUGUCACAAAUGGUGGUAUCAGACGCCUACCAGGUGACGCCUGGCAUGCUUUCAUCGUGUGUCUCAACCGAAGGAUUGUUGCGUUUCCCCACGGUGGAAGGAAAGAAGACUAUUUCAAAAGGGCUUUUAGAUGCAUUAAGUGCAUCUUACGACUGGGAAAAGGAAACCGAUAUUUUGAACAAUACCGAUGUUACCAAUGCUUCCUCUUCCACCGGCUCUGCCAUUACUGUGAUUUCAGCCGUUCUUAACUUGAUACCUCACAUUCAGCUGUCGGCCAGCGAUGCGUUCACGGCGUUGUUGGUAUUGUUCCACUCUUUGAAAUCGUACCUGACGUCCAGCAACAGUCCCCUUGUGCGCAGCUCAUUUGUUCUUGGUCACAAAAACUAUGCUUUGGGUUGCUUGGUGGGUCUGUCCGUGGAGUCCUUGACAAAAACCUUUUCUGCCAACAACGGUAUGUCGCAGGAACAGUUUUUACAGCUUCAUGAUAUUCUGUUUCAAGAUGUGUUACCGAACCAAAAGGAUCAUGAAGUCGUCCUUCGCGGUAUAUUCACAUAUAUGGAUCAUCUUCGAUCGAGUAAUGAUCACAACGAGCUCUUUUCCCUCGAUCGAUUACACACCGUCUACGACGUCGUAAAAACGAACCUUUCAUCUUACCGUGCGCACACACGCUUAUACACGCUCAAACUGCUGUCACUUUACGAUCAACCUCUGAUGAAGAAGGAUGAACAACAUCGGGAAGAAGAGGAUUGUGAAAUCGUGCAACUGGCCGUCGAUAUGGAGGAGGUGAUUCCCACCCUCAAAGAUUAUCGCAACAAGACAAAGCCAAUUCAGAGACUGAACGUCAUCACGUCAAGCCGACGCACACCCGAUAUGUUCGUGGACUUUGUUCCUCGCCUGGCUUUCGGCAUCUUGACCAUGAAUAUUCGCCCCGUAUGGGAUGAAGCUCGUGCGGCUCUCAAGACAUUCUCGGAAGUUCACCGUGACCUUUACUGGACACUGAUGUAUGAACAACUCACAAAGUUUGAUGAUGAAACACAGCUUUUGUGCGAUGGGUUUACUGGCUCUGUCAUGGCCACAUAUACCGCACCUCCCGAACAAACCAGCGGCCUGGCGACCAAGACCGGUAAUAUUUCGUUUGAAUGUCCUACCUACAACAGUUACGUCCAUACCGAGAACAAGGCUUUGUCCAUGAUGGAUGAAAAGCGAACCAUCAGCUUUGCCAUGCUUUUUGUCAAGUUAUGCGAUCAACAAACCAUUCAUAUGGACUUUUGGAACUGGUACAAUCUCUUGUUAAAGACUCUAAAGGAUACUCCCAAUGUUACCGAACAGCAUUCGCGUGAUUUGAUUCCCAUCUUCUUUGCUUUCCUUGAACAAGAGUACGAUGCUGUCACCGGAGACGACGAGGAGGACGACGAAGAAGGCCACGAAAACUCGCAGCUGGAAAAAGGAUCUUCCAACGAAACGUUUGGUUUGCUCCCUCGAUCCAGUAAGCUCGCCAAAAGCAAGUUGGCAGGCUGGUUGGCUUUGUUUGCCGCCUUUAUGAAUCCUCGGGUCCUUUACAAGAGUCAGCAACUCCACGAUGUGUUUAUGCGAUUGAUCACUCAGGGUGAUGUCAAGGUGCAACAGGGUGCUUUGGAAUGUCUUCUUACCUGGAGAGACCCCAAUAUCAAACCUUACGGCGACAACAUGAGAAAUUUGCUCGACGACGUGAAAUUCCGCGACGAACUUUCCACAUUUAUCCAGAAUCAGGAACAGAAUUUUAUUGACCCUGCUCAUCGGGAUGGAUUGAUGCCGGUGGUGAUGCGUCUCUUAUUCGGUCGUCUCGUUCAACGUCGCAUGAAAGCCUCCGCCAAAGGCACAAAACACGCUCGUCGCAAAGCUAUCCUUAGUGCUGUCGCGUGUUGUUACCCGAAUGAAAUCCGUUACUUUAUCGAUUUGGCUUUGGAAGCCUUCAAGGGUGUCGUCGAGUUACCUUCCGAGACCAGAGACGCCAACGGUUCGGUGAUUGAUUUCACCUUCCUGGCGGAAGGCGACAAGAUCAUCCAAAGCAUUCCUUGGCGUAAACAGAACGGUGUGCUCGUAUUGAUAGAAGAUAUUCUAAAGCAAAUGGGUGCCCACAUUAUUCCUUACAUGGAGCCUCUGCUGAAGGUGACACUGUACAUUAUCAAUGCGGCUCAGCGCCGAUCAAAUUCGGCCAUGGACGUUGACGAACCGGUGGACGAGGAAGAAGUAGAUGCCAACAACGAGGUGGAACCCUCCCACGGCGGCCAAAGCAAACGUUCAAAGGAUGUGCGAUCCCAGGCCAUGAAACGUGUAGUGGAAUUCUUCAAGCUCAGCGGCCACUUCAACUUUCAACCCUACGUCCCAGCCAUGUUCCGAUCGUUCAUUUCUCCACGCAUGGAUCUUUUCGCCGUCGAAACUUCACAAAAUGUCACUCCCUUAUUGUCUCUGUUGACGGUGUGGGCGGAAAAGGUGGAAUUCACACGAUUUUUGGUCGAUUACGAUGAUCGCGUUAUCCCUCAGUUGUUUGCCGUCUUGUCGGCCAAAAAAGUCAACGAGCAUGUGUUAACGACGGUCCUUACGGCGAUUGAAACGAUCCUCGAUCACUGUGAUGAUGCCAUGGAAGAAGAUGGGCAAGCGACGGUCAAAGAAAAGCUGAUUCUUCCGUACGUGGAUAUCUUGCUGAGCCAUAUUCAGUUCCGUCUGAAUCAAUCCAAAGACGAUGUCAAGUUUGGCAGUGGCAAGUAUUCGGUUCGCGAAAUCGGCAUUGUGGCCCGUGUAGCCUCGUAUACCAAGGACGGUGCACAAGCGGCGGUCAUCAUCGAUCUGUUACUGCCCAGUUUGAAAAAGCCUAACCGAAUCAUUCCUGAAAAGACCAAGGAGCACAUCUUGACCAUUUGGGCUCAGUUUAUCCGCAUUGUCCCUGGCUUUGAGCUCGAUUCGCCCGUGUAUCACAAGUACUACAGCAUGGCCUCAUGGAUGCUCUCGUCAUCUCGAACGCAUGCGUCGCGCAAAUCUCUUUUGGCCAUCUUCAAGGCCUUCAAGUCCGUGAAUCCAAGCUUGGAACUGGUCGUCAAACUGCUCCAAGAUUUCAACGCCUAUUCAGCGAAACGCGUGGAAGAACCAGAUUACGAUCGUAUGCUGGACGCGCUCAACAAUAUCGGCGAGCAUCAUUAUUUGAAGUUCAAUCAUCACCAAUGGUUGCCUUUGCUGCAUCAAUUUGUUUACUGUAUGCAUGAUGCCGAAGAAAUGGCGAUCCGUGGCAGCGCGACGCAUUGCAUGACUCAGUUCUUGGUCGCCGUCAAGGAGCAAUCUGAUGCAGAUGAACAGCGCAAGAUGCUUGGCUAUGUCACCCAUCUCAUUUAUCCUGCCAUCAAGCAAGGCUUGACGGAACGCGUUGAACUCGUUCGCAUGGAAUUCGUGAAUCUCCUCAAUGCGUCCAUCAAGAGUUUCCCUGAACUGGAUAUUUUCGCGGAUAUGGUGCAACUCCUGGGCGACAAUGACGAAGAAGUCAACUUUUUCAACAACAUUUAUCACAUGCAAAUGCAUCGUCGUAUCCGUUCGUUGAAUCGCCUUGCGGAAAUUGCCGCCAACGGCACCUUGAAGACCUCCUCCAUCAACGGUAUCUUUAUGCCUAUCUUGUCGGCCUUUUUCUACGAGAGUGAUCGAGUGAUGGAUCAUAAUUUGAUCCACCAGUGUAUUCAAACCUUGUCGGCGCUGGCCCAGCUUUUGCCCUGGCCUCACUACUAUCGUCUUCUCCGAUACUAUCUGGCGUUGAUUUCGAAAAAGGAAAGAGAAGAAAUGGAAAAGAUCUUUGUCCGUGUCGUGACCGCCAUCUUGGACGCUUUCCAUUUCGACUUGAGCGAGGUGGAAGUGACGGACGAAGCCGCAGCAAACAUCAUGGGACGACAAAAGGUUGUGAUCGACUAUCUGACCGUGAGACAGAUCAUUGAAAAUGCGGCGGCGAAUGAAGAGGCUGCGGAAGGAGGAGAAAAUGACGAAGACGAGGAAGAAGAGGAUGUCAGCAGCAAGGAAGUGUUGCCAAAAAAGACUCAAGCAGAAAAGAUCCACGACAUCCUGAUUACCAAGGUGCUUCCCGAGCUCAAUACGUACCUCAACAACAACAAGACGAGAAACUCAGUGGUGGUGCGUGUUCCUAUGGCGUUGGGAAUUGCCAAGUUGAUUCGUGCCUUGCCGGAGCGAUCGAUGCGUCUGAAUCUACCUGGAUUGUUGGUGUCACUUUGUCAGAUCAUCCGCAGUCGUGCUCAGGACGUGCGUGAUAUUGUGCGCGAAACCCUGUUGAAGAUUAAUGCAUUUUUGGGCCCCGAUUACUUUUCGUUCAUUGUGAAGGAGCUCAAGACGUCGUUGACUCGCGGUUACGAAAUGCAUGUGCUGGGAUACACCGUGAAUGCGUUGAUUGCCGACACGAUUCCUCGUGUGCAUCCCGGUCAGUUGGAUCCUUGCCUUGAAGACAUCGUGGCGGUCUUGGUGAACGAUAUCUUUGGUUUCACCGGUCAAGAAAAGGAAGCCGAUGAAAUGACUGGUAAAACCAAGGAAGCGAAAAGCAAGCGCAGUCCUGCUUCGUUUGAAUUGUUGGCGACGGUGGUGCGAUUCAAGAAUAUCGGCUUGCUGUUGUUGCCUUUCAAGGAUAUUAUGACGGAAACUGAAAGUCUCAAGAUUUUGCGCAAAGUCGAUGAUCUGCUAAAACGCGUGGCCAACGGAUUGGUGCGCAAUCCCGAAUUCGAUUCCGAGGAGUUGCUGAACUUUUCUUACGGUCUGAUUUCGGAAAAUGUCGACACCCUGAAACCGCAAAUCAAGAUCAAGGUCCAAAAGUCACAAAAGGAAAAGAAUUUCGAAGUGCAGAUGAAACGUAUCGUGGCGGAACCGGUGGAUCACUAUCGUACGAAUGCGCAUCGAUUUGUCCACUUUGGCUUGAGUCUAUUCUACACCAGUCUGCGACGCAACAAGUUUGAUUUAUCCUCGCCCGACUAUGUGACGAAAAUCGACUCCUUUGUCGAUGUGGUCGGUAAUACGCUUCAUUCGAACCAGACGGCCAAUGUGACGUUGGCGGCCAAGAUCAUGGCUUCGCUGAUCCGCAUGCCGCUCCCUUCGGUACCUGAAGCCGUACCGGCGGUGGUCAAGCGCGCUUUUGGCUUGGUGAAAAAAUCAUCGGGCAAUACCCACUCGGCGUUGGUUCAAGCGUGUUUCAAGUUGCUGACCAUUUGUAUCCGAGAUAUCAACGAUUCCAAAUUGACGGAGCAUCAACUGACGUAUUUGCUCAACAUCAUUCGCCCCGAUAUGGAAGAGCCGGAUCGUCAGAGCACCGUGUUUGCACUGAUCCGUGCCAUUAUAUCCCGUAAAUUCAUGGCACCGGAAGUAUACGAUCUCAUGGAAACGGUGGCGCAAAUCAUGGUGACGAAUCAAACCCGAGAAAUCCGCGAACAGGCGCGUUCAGUGUACUUUAUGUUCUUGAUGGAUUAUCCUCAAGGCCGCGGUCGAUUAAAGGCUCAGAUGAGCUUUAUUAUCAAGAACUUGGAGUACGUUUACGAAACUGGACGUGAAUCCAUCAUGGAGUUGAUGCACCAUAUCAUCAACAAGUUUGGCGAUGAAAUCCUCGUGGAGUACGCUGAGCCCAUGUUCCUUGCACUGGUGAUGCGUCUGGUGAACGAUGAUUCGUCGAAAUGCCGCGAAAUGUCGGCCGAACUGAUCAAGAACUUGAUGCGUCGCUCCGAAGAUCGAAUGGAAACCAUCUACAAGUUGCUGGAUAAAUGGAUGGAUCAAACAAAGCAGCGCAGUUUGCAAAGAGCCGGUUGUCAAGUGUAUGGCCUCGUCAUCGAUACCUUUGGUGCUCAAUUCCGUCCUUACGCUCCGAAACUGAUCACCAAGCUUUCUGAAAUGCUGAUUCUCAGCAAGGAUUUGGUGCACGACAGCCAGGCCGAAGAAGAAGGCAUGGAAGUGGAUUUGGACUGGGAAUUGGGUUACUAUAGUAUCAACACAUUUGCCAAGAUCGCCAAGGCGUUCCCGAAAUUGGUGUACGUGUCCGAUACCCUGCCUGUGUGGCGCGCGCUGGAGGAUAUGUUACUGCACCCUCAUACUUGGAUCCGAUCCUCGACGGCUCGUCUGUAUGGUGUCUACUUUUCUCACAUUGACCCUCAGACGCGCUGUGUUGUGGAAAGCGGCAAGAAUUCCGAGUAUCUUUCUCGAGCGACAUUGCGAAAAUUAGCGACCAAGUUUAUUGGACAGCUGAAGAGUGUUUAUCUUUCCGAAGAACAAGCGAAUCAAAUCGUAAAGAAUCUGUUCUUUAUCGGCAAAUGCUUUUAUUACAUGCCAACCGAAGAGGAUGUGGCGCCCAAAACCGAAGACUCUACCGAAGCCGAAGAAGCGGGUAACAAUGAAGACGAAACCGCAGUGAACAAACCAUCUUUGAACUGGUUAUUCCGCAAUGCAUCCUUUACUGCGCGUGGUGCAGCUGUGAAGCAGACCAAAGAAGGAUUUUUAUUGCGAGCUUCCAUCUUUAAAUGGUUUGCUGCCAUGUGCAAUGCGAUAGAAACCGAGGAAUUGGGACCAUAUCUUUUACCUGUGAUUGCGGUUAUUUAUCGCACUGUGAAUGACGAGGCGACCAAGGAGCCUGGAUUUGACGAGUUGAAGCAAUUGGGUAACGAAGUGCUAAACUUGGUUCAAAAGAAGGCCGGUCCUACUGCAUAUUUUGCCACCUAUCAACAAGUUCGAGAAAAAGUGAAACAAUCCAAAUUAGACCGUAAAUCACGGUUAGCGCGACAGGCUGUGGUUGAUCCGGCAGCGGCGGCUAGACGUAAACGCGCACGUACACGCAAAUAAUCAUUAGAUGCAUCUUCUUUUAUUUCCUUUUUCAUUCUUCAGAACUGUGUAUAUCAUUAAGAGCUUAAAUUUCAUUUUUUCAUUCAUGGCCUUUAUUUUUCCCGUCUCUUGCAUGCCCUCGCAUGAUCUACCGGGCAUGACAAUUUUUGAAAAAGUUUACCUAACCUUCAAAUCACUCAUAGCACAAUCAAGAAGAUAUGCAAUGGUAAUUAUAUGCUGCACCAUCGCUCGAGUUGCGGUUCAUUGAACCGUUGCUCGAAACUUGGUCGGGAAAAAGUAUGAUCUCUUUUCGUAUUCAGCUGCAGACUAAGAUGAAGAAGAGACAUGUAUAAAGAUAAAAAAGUG